UGUAAAAUGACCUUAUGAAUUCCUGCGUCUCAAAAAAGUCUUGAACGUUUUUACCUUGUCGUUUUAUCAUAAGAAUUUGUUUGUUUUAUUGUGCUAAAGUUAUCUUCUCCUAGAAAUUAGUUAUGAAAAAUUAAUGUUGUUACUGGUGCCAUAAAGAAAUGUUUAGUGUAAUGAAAGUUAUCGUAAAUGACAAAUAAUCGUGCCUUUUAUGUCACACUACAAGCUUCAAAAAUAAACACAUGAUACCGUGUUCGGUUGAUUUUCAUUUGUUUUCAUUAUGACGAAACGCCGAAGAAUACUGCACGCGGACAAAAUUAUACAAAAUGUUAUUCAUAUAUUUUGUUUGUUAAUGUUUUUGCAACUGAAAGGUUAUUACUCUGUAAGUAGCAAUCCAAUUCUAUUAUACUCUACUGCUAAUGAUAUUCGAGUUGUUAAUAUCCCUAAGUUCACAAAAGCCACCGCCAUCGUAAAAGACUUGGAGCAGGGUUCUGCUGUUGACUUCAUCUACCGGAAGAACUUGAUUUGUUGGUCAGAUCAAACAGCAGAGCUAAUACAAUGUAUGCACUACAACGAGACACAUUUGGGAGAAAAGAUGAAUAUAGUAACAGAAGGCUUGAUAACACCAACUGGCAUUGCCAUAGACUGGUACACAAACAAUAUUUACUGGACAGAUGGCGAGACAAACAGAAUAGAGGUCAUAAGUUUGGAGCACAAACACAGGAAGGUUCUGUUUUGGUCAGAGGUGGACUUAGCUCGGGCCAUUGCUGUUGUUCCUAAAGAAGGGUUAAUGUUUUGGACUGAUUGGGGUGAAAUACCUAAAAUAGAAAGAUCUGGAAUGGACGGAGACCCAUCCACCAGGAAGGUUAUAGUGAAAAAUAACAUUUACUGGCCAAACGGCAUAACCAUAGACUAUAAUAAGAAUUUAAUAUACUGGAUUGAUGCAAAACUCCACUUUGUAGAUGUUAUAGACUUUAAUGGAGAAAAUAGAAAGAAAGUAGUCAAAGGUGGCCUGGAGUACCCUUAUGCUUUAACUACAUUUAGUGAUAAACUAUACUGGACUGAUUGGAAAACUUGGUCUUUGCACACUUGGGAUAUAUCAACAAAUGGUCCAAUCAAGGAAAUAAUAAAGUCUAAUCCAGUCCCUGUGGAUAUCAAAGUGUAUGAUGGCAGUCGACAGCUGAUGCCAGAAGUGGAACACCCCUGUAAUAUCGGCAAUGGCGGGUGCUCACACCUGUGUCUCUUGUCAUCUGCCAGUCCAGGAUAUGUCUGUGCCUGCCCCACCGGAGUCAAACUCAAAGAAAACAGCCAAACAACUUGUUACAACACGCCGCAGUCACUGCUUCUAGUGGCGCAGAGGUCGAUGAUCUCAAAGAUAUCAUUAGAUUCACCCGACUUCACUCCAUACACCUUGCCACUAAAGGACCUCAAAAAGAUACUGUCAGUUGACUUUGAUCCUAAGACUGAAUACAUUUACUGGGCUGACAGUGUGCUGAAGUCGAUCUCGCGCGCGCGUUUGGACGGCAGCUGCCAGCAGGUGGUGAUCGCGGACAGCGGCGUGGGCGACAGCAUCGCCAUAGACCCGCUCGCGCGCAACAUCUACUGGACCGAGCCCGUCACUGACACCAUUAAUGUGGCGCGUCUGGACGGCAGCGCUAGAAAGGUGCUAAUUCACGACGACCUAUAUGACCCUCGAGCCAUAGCCUUGCACCCCACUGCAGGCCUGAUGUUCUGGUCUGAUUGGAACGAGAAGAAACCCAAGAUUGAACGAGCUAACUUGGACGGCACAGACAGGGUUCUAUUGGUGUCCGAGAAGCUGACCUGGCCCAAUGGAAUCGCUUUGGAUGUAACCAAUCACAAACUGUAUUGGGGCGAUGCGAGGACUAGAAAAAUUGAAGUGUGCAACAUGGACGGCACGCAGCGACGCGAGCUGCACAGCGCCGACAUCCUGCACAUCUUCGGGCUGGCGCUGCUGGGCCCGCAUCUCUACUGGUCCGACACGCAGCGCCGCACGCUCGAUAGGAUCGACAAGAACACUGGUCUUGAACGACAGACAGUAGUGGAACAAAUGGCAAACAUGAUGGGAGUAAAGGCGUUCCGACUGGGCGAUCCUAUUGGUUGGAAUCCGUGUGCGGACAAUAAUGGCGGCUGCUCACAUUUCUGCUUCAACCGACCGAAAGAUCACGUGUGCAGUUGUCCGUUAGGUUUGGAGCUAGGCAGCGACAGGAAAGCAUGUGUAGAACCAGAGACAUUUUUGGUGUACAGUCGCAAAAACGUCAUUGGCCGGAUCAGCAUAGAGAAUGAAGACAACGAUGCGAUUCUGCCAAUCAAAGAGCUCAAAGAAGUUAGUGCUUUGGCGGUGCAUGUUUCUGGAUUGAAGUUGUACUGGUCUGACAGUCGAACGAAAACUAUAAACCGGUGUUCUAUAAACGGCACAAACAUUGAAAGGAUACUAGAAUGGACCGGCUUAGUUGAAGGUCUAGCCAUAGACGAAUAUGGACAGAACAUCUAUUGGACAGACACGGCGACGCAACGCAUAGAAGUGGCGCGGUUGGACGGCUCCAGUCGAAGAACUCUCAUCUGGCAGGCUCUGAAGAAACCCAAGAGCAUUGUGCUCGAUCCAAGGAAAGGCUACAUGUACUGGUCCGAGCUUGGCUCUAAGUGCAUAAAGCGCGCCGGUAUGGACGGCUCCAGCCCCACCGUGAUCAUAGAGCAAGUGGGCCGCGUCCACGCCAUGGCCAUAGACUACGACAAGCACGCCAUCUACUGGGCGGCGCUCGAACCGCCGACCAUAGAGUACGCGUUCCUCAACGGAACUGGCAGGAAGACUCUGGUUACAAAUGUGUCUAUGCCGUACGCGCUAACUUUGUAUGCCGAUACGAUGUUUUGGGGCGAUUGGAAUACAGGUCUCAUAGAAGCAGCGAAGAAGCUAGACGGCAGUUCGCGGCGUCGUUUACACGAAAACGUCGACUACAUCUCUGACCUGAAGGCGUGGGCACGUAAAGGCGGCAGCAACCAAUGCGCGGUGGACAACGGUGGCUGUCAACAUCUGUGUCUACCCGCGCCCACCGACUACCGCUGUGCUUGUCCCGCGCAUUACCGCCUACAUCCUGACAACCUCACAUGCGACGAACCAGAAGAAUUCCUGCUAUUCGCGCUAAAGAACGCCAUAGGCAGAUUGUACAUUGCGAACGGCGAAUGCGCAGACGCAUAUAUUCCGCUCAACGGACUCAAGAACGUUAAGGCUAUUGAUUACGAUCCCACUAACAAGACGUUAUACUGGAUAGAGGAAGACUCCCACCUAAUUCGCAGCGUUCCUAUAUCAUACUCAACAACGUCCGCCAUCACUGACUCUUACAUCGUAGUUGAGGGCAUUUCCCGCCCUUUCCACAUUGUCCUGGACAUACUAGGUCAAGCGUUGUACUGGACUAGUCUGGAUUCCGACACGAUCAAUGCCACGUCUAUUAGGAAUAGGACGCUGACUGGAGUGAUCGUGAGGGGGGAGAAUAUGAUGCCUAGGCAUUUGGCCUUCCAUCAGACGGAGAGGUUCCUAAUCUGGAAUGAUGUAGGUCUGGGCGCUAUAAUGCGAUCCAACGUAGACGGCACGGGGCGCAUCGAACUAGCUAGAGCUACGAACGCGUCCGCGCUCGCUCUUGACCAAACCGCUUCUAUUGUCUAUUGGGCUGUCAAUAGUAAGAUCUACGCGGUGGAUCUAAACUCGGACAAUAAGACGCGUAUCGUCUGGCAAGGCGGCUGGGUGGGGACUCUGGCGGCGUACGGUGGCGCCCUCUACAUGAGUUCGCUGGGCGGCGACCGCGCGCUCAUGAGGCUGCCGCUGCAUCGGCUGCACGUGCCCGCCGUGCCCGUGCUGCAUGUGCGGGUGGUUGCGGCCAGGCUGGUGCUGCCGAUGGCGGAGUGGCACGCGUGCGCGACGCAGCCGUGCGGCGCGGCGCCGGGCGCGUGCGGCGCGGCGGGCGCGUGCUCGCCGCCACAGUCGCAGUCGCAGCCGCAGCUCUGCGCGCGCGACCACUUCCUGUGCGCGCAGACGCUACACGACAACACAUAUUGCAUACCGAUGGCUUGGAAAUGCGACGGUCAAGUGGACUGCCCCGACGGGUCGGACGAGUGGGCGAGCGCGUGCGGACGCUGCGCCGGCGCGGGCGGGCUGCGCUGCGCUGACGGCGCAUGCGCGGCGUCGCUGCGCGCGUGCGGCGCCGGCGUGCGCUGCGCACUCGGAGCCAUGCCUGAGGCCUUCCGAUGUGACGAACGUUUGUGCAUAUCGCCUCACCUGCAAUGCGACGGGACGCAACACUGCGAGGAUGGAUCCGACGAAUCGCCCGCGACAUGCGGCGUGCGAGAGGUGCCAAACCAAGGUCGUCAAUCCAGUGCUUUCGUUGUCUGUGGCGCCGUCGCGGGAGCGGCCGGCGGCGCUUUUGCUGCUUGGGCGGCUUUAAGAAAAUGGCGGCGACUACAACGACGGCCCCAACGCAGACCGGCCAGACCUGACGUCAGAGCCAUGAAGCCUCUUCAGCUGAUGACCAGCGACGAGAGGGCCAGGCCUCUAGGGGCCAGUUGCACUGAUACGUCGGGGAGCCUGUGCGGACGCUACCCGCGGCCCACCGCCAACCCGCCGCCGUCGCCGGCCACAGGCGAGGCUGCGGCUGCGGAGGGCGGCCGCCGGCGCGCCUACCGCCACUACCGCGCCAUGAACCGGCCGCCGCCGCCCACGCCCGCCUCCACCGACGUCUGCGACUCCGAGCCCGAGGCGCCGCCGCCCUCGCCCGCGCCCGCGUCCGCGCCUUGCUUCUACUGACUCAGUCUUGUCUGAAUGUUCACAUACCUGCCGCAGUCGUUCUAACACUGAAUCACAGAUAUAGGAACGCUUCAAUGUGAUUUGUUCUUAUAUCUGUGGACUAAAUUAUGUUUGUCACUGUGGCUGGCUAUUCACAUGCCGCAGCUACGAUUUUGAGGCUAACUGAAUUACAAACAAAAAACUUUAUUUGAUACACGCUAAUGUCUAAUGUCGAAAAUGCGUUGAGACUUUUUAUGAUUAAAAAUUCCACUUUUUGAAUUAAGAUUUUAUUCCACCAUCGUGACAACACAAAACUGAUUUGAUACUCUGAUGCGUUUAAACCAGAGAUUUAUUUUUAUUUGUACUGAACGUGAAUAGAAAUUGCAAUGGUGCUAUUUCACUGUAUGUGCCUCAAUACUAAAUAAGCUAAAUAUUGUAAACUAUGUUUUGUAAAUAGUAAGUAAAUUGUUUUGAGAUAGUGAUUUAAUUUCAAUAUUUCUUAUUCUCUUUUAUUUUUCUAAUCGUAAUUCUAAAUAAGUGCCAUGAUUGUACUGAUUUUUAGCUGCAUUUACUUAUUUUUUGUAUUUUAAUUGAACUUACCACGUUUAGUUAUUUAGGUAGUUUUUAACUGGUCCUAAGAUUUUUUGCUAUGUAAUGUAUAAUUAAACCGAUAUUUGUUUUACAUUUUGACAGUGGUUCGAUUCCGGCAUUCUAGCGUGCAAUAUGCUAUCAUCCUGAAAUGUUUUCUUAAAAUAACUAUCAAUCUCAUAAAACAUAUAUAGCUUAGGCGGGUACAAAACUUAGAUAUUUCACUUAUCCAAUAUUAUUUAUAUCUCUUUUUAACGUUAGGUAAAAUGAAAAAGAUAGCAAUAAUAUUGGGCAAAGAAAUCGAUGAAGGCUUUUAUUUUGGAAAUAAAUAAUUUGUUUCAAUAUUCGAAGGAAAAAGCUGUGAAUGUGAUUGAUAGUGACAUCACAAUUCGCCAUUUAAAAAUAGAUAUUUAAGGUUUUUCUUUAAUGCUAGAAAGUAUUAGUGAUUAUUUAUUAAUUAUAUGAUUAGUUACAUUAUAACAGAUUAGUAAAUUCUUGUAUUAUAUUGACUGAAAUUUCUAAUUAAACUUUUGUACCUGUUAAUAA